AAAGGGGGAAAUGAAGUCAUUUUUUAAUAUAUCACCCGUUAUCAUGGCUAUAUUCUGGGUCAGCACAGUGUACGGCGCCUGGGAGGAAGAUAUUGCGGUACCAGUCCGGGUAGACGGGACUGCCAAUGCCCAGGGAACAGAAGGGGGCAGGCGGACUAUCACCCCGGAGGAAGAGGAGAAAGAGGGGCAGAAACGGGUAUACCAGCUGGAUGCUUUUGGGAAACGGCUUACCUUAGAACUGGAGCCAGACCAGACCUUCGUAGCCCCUGGCUUCACGUUUCAGGUCGUGGGAAUCUCUGGUACGGAGAAGCAGAGUAACCCUGACAGCGCCAAUUUGGCUCGCUGUUUUUACUCGGGCUCUGUAAACGGAGACUCCGGCUCCUUGGCGGCGCUCAAUCUCUGCAACGGGCUGAGAGGCGGCUUCUACCUCCAAGGGGACGAAUAUUUCAUUCAGCCUCACAACAGCACCGGCGCUCACAGCACAGAGGGGGCUGAGCCACACCUCAUCCGCCGGAGGAGCCGGGGCUCCCAGACCGGGGAAGGCGCUUCCAAGUGUGGAGUGAAUGAACAAGAGCAGCGGGUAGCGGAGACCCAGCCGUCACAGGUUCAGCGGGGGACUGUCCAGGAACAAGCAGGCCGCAGCAGGGGUAAGCGGUUUGUGUCAACGCCCCGCUAUGUGGAGACACUGCUUGUGGCUGACCAGUCCAUGGCUGAGUUCCACGGUGCUGGGCUGAAGCAGUACCUGCUGACUGUCAUGGCGGUGGCAGCUAAGCUCUACAAGCACCAUAGCAUCCGCAACCCCAUCAGCCUGGCUAUAGUCAAGAUCAUGGUCAUAUACGAGGAGGAGAAGGGCCCCGAUGUCUCCUCCAACGCUGCCCUCACCCUCCGCAACUUCUGCAAGUGGCAACGCCAGCACAACCCUCCACACGACCGCCACCCUGAGCACUACGACACUGCUAUCCUGUUUACCAGACAGGAUCUGUGUGGCGCUCACACCUGUGACACUCUUGGCAUGGCGGACGUUGGCACGAUGUGUGAACCAGAGCGCAGCUGCUCCGUUAUUGAGGAUGACGGCCUGCAGGCAGCCUUCACUACAGCACAUGAGCUGGGCCAUGUGUUUAACAUGGCCCAUGACGAUGCAAAGCACUGUGCCAGUGCCAACGGCCCCAACUGGAGCUCUCACAUGAUGGCGUCUACACUAUCCAACCUGAAUCGGCAGCAGCCCUGGUCUGCCUGCAGUGCCUACAUGAUCACUUCCUUCUUGGACAAUGGGCAUGGAGAGUGCUUGUUGGACAAGCCUCAGAAGCCAGUGGCCCUGCCCAUGGUCCUACCCGGGACUCUAUAUGAAGCUGACCGCCAGUGCCAGUUCACUUUUGGAGAGGAGUCUCGCCACUGUCCUGACCUCAGCAGCACCUGCACCACACUAUGGUGUACGGGCACCUCCGCGGGCGGCCUGCUUGUCUGCCAGACCAAGCACUUCCCCUGGGCUGAUGGAACGUCCUGCGGAGCUGGGAGUUGGUGCGUGGCAGGAGAAUGCGUGAGCAAGAGCGACGUGCCCCUCUACCAGACUCCAGUGAACGGUGCCUGGGGAGCGUGGGGACCCUGGGGAGACUGCUCGCGCACCUGUGGUGGAGGGGUGCAGUAUUCCUUCAGAGAAUGUGACAACCCAGUCCCCAAGAACGGAGGAAAGUAUUGCGAGGGGAAGCGAGUUCAGUACCACUCCUGCAACACUAUGGACUGCCCUGACGGCAACGGCCUUUCGUUCCGUGAAGAGCAAUGCCAGUCACACACCGACCUCUCCCAGGCCUCCUUAGGGCCCAGCCCAGUUGUGGAGUGGGUCCCCAAAUACACAGGGGUCUCCCCCAAAGACCGCUGCAAACUUAUAUGUCGCGCCAAGGGGACAGGCUACUUCUUCGUACUGCAGUCUAAGGUUAUUGACGGUACCCCCUGCAGUCCUGACUCCACGUCAGUGUGCGUUCAAGGUCAGUGUGUCAAGGCUGGCUGUGACAGAGUUAUCGGCUCCAAGAAGAAGUUUGACAAGUGUGGUGUGUGUGGAGGAGAUGGCUCUACCUGCAAAAAAGUCUCUGGAUCUCUUGACCGAACAAAACCUGGCUAUCAAGAUGUGGUCACAAUCCCUGCGGGGGCCACCAACCUUGAUGUGAAGCAGAGAAUCCAGGCAGGCUCGAAACAUGAUGGGAGCUACCUGGCCAUUAAGACACAGGGUGGCUCGUAUGUGCUGAAUGGGGAGUACACCCUGUCCACACUGGAGCAGGACAUCUCCUUCAAGGGCUCCCUGCUGCGGUAUAGCGGUUCCUCUGCCUCCCUGGAGCGCAUUCGCAGCUUUGGACCGCUUGCUGAACCACUCACCAUCCAGGUGCUAUCGGUUGGCAACUCCUACCGGCCUCGCAUCAAGUAUUCGUACUUUACCAAAAGGCCCAUUGCCACCAAGAGAAAAAGCUUCAAUGCCAUCCAGGAGGCAGGUGGCUCUGAGUGGGAGAUCCGCGAGUGGGGCAGCUGCUCUCGGACCUGCGGAGGGGGUAUUCAAAGGAGAGUGGUAGACUGUCAGGACUACAGAGGACGACUGACCUCAGAGUGCCCCGCUGAGCUGCGACCAGCUGACACCAGGCCCUGCGCAGACACAGACUGCCCGCACUGGCUGCUGGGAGAAUGGUCAGCCUGCUCCAGGACCUGUGGUCGCGGCUUCAGGAAGCGUCUGCUUAAGUGUAUGGGGUCCGAUGGCAAGCCUGUUCCACAGGAGAGUUGCGAUCUGGGGCAGAGACCGAGGCCACUCCUUGACCUCUGUCACAUGACGAACUGUCACUAAACAUGCAGAGAGGCUGGAAUGGAGGGUGUCCCAAAAAGAUGAGAGGGCAAGGGAGAGGGAGAUUGCUAAACAGACUCAAACCAGAAUGCACUGAAAAGGACUUUAAAUCAUUCGGGAAACAAACUCUAGGAUAGGCAUGGGAGAGCCUCCAACCUUUCACCCUUGGCCUUCAGGUGUCUUGUGAUAAGUCGCAAGCUGUGGCAUUAUAGUUUUUGUGUUGAUUCAUAAGGAAAUGGAAAAUAUAUCUAUUUUAAUAAGCUCUUCAGGGUGCCAAGCUGCUGUGCAUAUGUUUUAUGUUAGAGCUGUGCAGAUCAAUUUGCAUUAAAUGCAAAACUGGGUGACUUGACAACAUUGUAAAAAUCUUAAUGUGCUUCCAGUAGCCUAAAUCUCAAUCUGAUU